AUUGUUUCAUUCCCUCGAGAAAAUAAGUUUUAUCUGCUCUUAAUAUUACAGAGAUAUGGAGUUUGGGACGUACAAAACACAUGUUCUCUUGAGGAUUUUAGCAGUUUUUCUUCUAGUCUUUGUUGCUUGUUUGCUGGGUUUCGAUGCUCAGACCAAGGACCUACUUCUUGUCCGGAAGAAAGCUACUUUCAGGGACUUAAAUUGUCUCUAUGUGUGGGUGUACGUUUGUUCUUUCGCUGCCGGAUACAAUUUGCUACGGCUCUGCAAUAUUAUGUUUUUCUCAACUUGGUUUGAAGGAAACUUGAAUGGGUCUAACAUUCGUUUAGCCUGGAUUGGUUUCUUGUUAGAUCAGAUAGCAGUUUAUGUAACAUUUGCAACAAACUCAGCUGCCGUUCAGGGAUCAUCUAUGGCAGUAACAGGCCAAAACGACUUCCAAUGGAUGAAGUUAUGCGACAAAUUUACAAGAUUUUGUGUUCAAGUUGGUGUGGCUUUGCUAUUUGGCUAUUUGGCCUGCAUUGUGAUGGCUUUGGUGUCAUGCUUUUCUGCUUUCAAUUUAUUUCGGCUUUAUUCCCCAAAACGUUUUCUGCUCUUAAAGGGCACAUAAUUAUCUUCUCUGAUGCUAUAUAUUAUAUAUGUUUUCUCUCUAUGAUUACCAUAUGUAAGCUAAUAUAUAUAACAGUGUCUCUCAAAAUGUGCAUA